AUUACAACAAAAAUGCAAUGAUAAGGAUGUACAUUUGCAAAAAUACAAUAUUGAUUUGCAAAGAUUACAACAAAAAUUCGACAAUCAAACCAAAAAUUUGCAAGACUUACAACAAAAAUGCAAUGAUAAGGAUGUACAUUUGCAAGAAUUACAACAAAAAUACCAACAAAAAUACAAUAUUUACAAUAUUGAUUUGCAAAGAUUACAACAAAAAUGCAAUGAUAAGGAUGUACAUUUGCAAGACUUACAACAAAAAUACAAUAAUAAAUUUCAAGAGUUGCAAAGAUUUCAUCACUUAUUUGAUGAUCAAAGUAAGGCUUUAAUAGAAUCAAAUCAACAAAAAGAACAUUUUGAAAAAUGUUAUAAUGAAUUAAAACAACAUUUAGAUGAUAAAGAAACUCGAAUUAAAUCAUUAAAACAAAGAAACGGUGAACUUGAAAACGAAGCAGCAAAAUAUCAAUCCGCUCUUGGAGUUGUAACAAAUUUUAGAAUGAGCGAUGAUGAUAAAAAUCAUAAUGUUCAACUUAACCAAGAUAUUUUAUCAAUACAAGACAAAAUUGAUGUUUAUGUAACAAAUUUAGUAAAAUCAAAAGUUGACGUUAAGAUUGAAGAAAUUAAGACGAAACUUGUACCACGCUAUAAAUGUCAAACCAAGAUCGACUUGAAAAAACCUGAUAAACUAUUUAUUAAAGCUGUAUUGCAACGUUAUGUGCUUGAAAGGAUUUUGAAGUUUGUUGACAAUUACUUUGAUAAAUCGAAUGAUGAUAUAUCAAUGGAUUAUCAAUAUCUUGAAUCGGAUAUCGUUAGAAAAACAGGUGAAUUACAUAAAGUAAUGGAAAAGUUUGCUAGUACUCGUGACGGAACUGAUGAAGUAACAAGAGUCACAACUAUAAAGUUGCGUCAACUAAUAUAUUCUGCUCUUGGGAUGAGAGGUCUUGGAGAUUUAAUUGAAUCAGGUCAUUCAUCUAUACACCAAUCUAUCCAAAAGUACUCGGAACAACUUAACGUUUCAAUGAACAAAUAUCGUGUUGUAAAAGAUCCUAAAAAGAAAGAAUAUAUUGAUGGAUUAGCUAAAACUCUUAUUAGAGAGAUUUUUCGAAUUUUUCACUUUCGUUUAAAAGUACAAGAACCAAUUGCUGAAUAUUAUUGGUUUAAUUGUGGCGAUAAAGUUAAUAAAAUUUCUAUGAAAUUAAGUUGUGAAGACGAUGACAUCGAUGAUUUGGUUGUUGAUUUAUGCACUUUUCCGCUUAUCGGGCAAAAUAUAAAUCCAGACAAAAUAUAUCAAAUAUUUACUCCCGCAAAAGUUUUCGCAUGUCAUGCUCCUAAACCAAGUUUUAUAAAUAAGACAAAGAAUUCGAUUAUGAGUAUUUUUUCCGCAGAUGGGAAAUCAAAAUCUUCAGGUAAACCAAAUGAUAGUUCCGCCGAUCAAUCCACAACUCUACCCCGAACGAAAACAAAUUAUGAUUUAAAAGAUGAAAAAUCCACCGAGAAAACCACAAAUUAUUAUUCUAAUACCGAUUAUAAGGAACAAACUCCAGAAAGUUGUACAAGUGAAAGAAAUGAAAGUGAUAAAAGAGGAGGAAAAUAUACAAACGAAAAAGGUGAGAAUGAUACGAACGAAAAAGGUGGAAAAGAUACAAGUGAAAAAGACGAAAUUGGUAUGAAUGAAAGAAGCGGAAAUCAUAGAAUUGUAAGGAAAGAAAAUUAUGCACAAGGAGGUGGAAAUAAUAUAAAUGAAAGAGAUAGAAAUCAUACAAAUGAAAGUGAUAGAAAUUAUAGACAAGGCGGCAGUGGGCAUGAUACGAGUGAAAGGGUUGGAAAUAUUGGAGGAAUUCAUACAAGUGAAAGUGACGGAAAUUAUUAUAAACAAGGAAUAGGUGGAAAUUAUACCCAAGGAAAAAGUAGUGAUACAAGUGAAAAGGACGGAAAUUAUGCACAAGGAAGAAGUGGAAAUCAAAGUGAAAAGGACAGAAAUUUCACACAAGGAUAUGGAAGUCGUACAAGUGAAAAAGACGGAAAUUAUGCACAAGGAGGAAGUGGAAAUCAAAGUGAAAAGAACGGAAAUUAUACCCAAGGAAGAAGUAAUGAUACAAGUGAAAAGGACGGAAAUUAUGCACAAGGAAGAAGUGGAAAUCAAAGUGAAAAGGACGGAAAUUUCACACAAGGAUAUGGAAGUCGUACAAGUGAAAAAGACGUAAAUUAUGCACAAGGAGGAAGUGGAAAUCAAAGUGAAAAGGACGGAAAUUAUACACAAGGAGGAAGUGGAAAUCAAAGUGAAAAGGACGAAAAUUAUGCACAAGGAAGAAGUGGAAAUAAAACAUUUGAAAGGACCGGAAAUUAUACCCAAGGAAGAAGUAAUGAUACAAGUGAAAAGGACGGAAAUUAUACACAAGGAAGAAGUGGAAAUCAAAGUGAAAAGGACGGAAAUUUCACACAAGGAUAUGGAAGUCGUACAAGUGAAAAAGACGGAAAUUAUGCACAAGGAGGAAGUGGAAAUCAAAGUGAAAAGAACGGAAAUUAUACCCAAGGAAGAAGUAAUGAUACAAGUGAAAAGGACGGAAAUUAUGCACAAGGAAGAAGUGGAAAUCAAAGUGAAAAGGACGGAAAUUUCACACAAGGAUAUGGAAGUCGUACAAGUGAAAAAGACGGAAAUUAUUAUACACAAGGAAUAGGUGGAAAUAAAACAUUUGAAAGAGACGGAAAUGGUACACAAAGAAAAGGUGGAAGUCAUACAAGUGAAAAAAACAGAAAUUUUACACAAGGUAGUGGUGAAAACCAUAAAUUUGAAAGGGACGAAAAUUGUUAUAAUCAAGGAAGUGGAAGUCGUACAUUUGAAAGAGACGAAGAUUUUACACAAGGAAGCGAUGGAAAUGUUACAAGCGAAAAAAGCAGUACCAACAAAAGAGGCGGAAUUGAUACGAACGAUAGAGGCGGAAACGAAUCGAACAAACGACAUAUAAAACUCAAUGAAUCAUUCAUUUAA